AUGACAUUAUUGGGAUCCAUAUCCACAAUGUUACGCCAAAGCUCAUCGGCUUUAAGGAGGAAUGUAUUCCGUGAUUCUAAUAAAGGUUACCAACCAACUGCAACCGAUAAUGAUAUAGCUCUACAAGACCUUUCGAAUAAUAGACAAUUCAACCAAAAUGAAGAUUUUUCGAGAUUAAGAAGAAAUAACAAGUGGUCGAAUGAUUUACGACCUCAUAGGAAAUAUUAUACAAUCUCCAUAAUUGGGUUAUUACUGAUAUUAUAUGUAACGGCUAUAACGUCUCUGAAAGAAUUCACCGGUGCUGAUGUACCUCAAUGUCGAUCGAUAUAUAUGUAUCCAUCAUAUGCGAGAAUUGAUGGCUUCAGUAAACAGUUUACACCAUUAGCACAGAAAUAUCACCUAUAUCUUUAUAGAGAACAAGACAAAGAUCAAGAACCCAUAAACAACAACCACAUUCAACUAAAUGGGGUACCUAUAUUAUUUAUACCAGGUAAUGCUGGUAGCUUUAAGCAAGUUAGAUCUAUCGCAUCUGCAUGUGCUAACUUGUACUUUGAUUCUAAGGACUCCAUUAAUAACCCAACCACACAAAAUGUCGAUUUUUUUACAGCAGACUUUAAUGAAGAUUUUACUGCAUUUCAUGGACAAACGAUGCUAGAUCAAGCAGAAUACUUGAACGACGCAAUAGCAUAUAUUUUGUCCUUGUAUGAACAGUCUAUUGAUGGAAAAUCGUAUGCUGUUCCCGAAUCCGUUAUAAUAGUUGCACAUUCUAUGGGUGGUAUAGUAGCAAGAGUUAUGCCAACACUACAAAACCAUGUUUCUGGCUCCGUGAACUCUAUAAUAACGUUAUCUUCGCCCCAUGCUGCAGCUCCGGUUACGUUCGAUGGCGAUAUUCUCAAAAUAUAUAAGAAAACCAAUGAUUUUUGGAGAAACCAAUUUGAUAAUAAAGAUUCAUUCUUUUCGAAAAAUGUUUCCUUGAUAUCGAUAACUGGUGCAGUCCAAGACAACGUUCUACCAGCAGACUAUGCUGCGGUACAAGAUCUGAUUCCAUUAGAAAACGGUUUCACAACUUUCACAACUACAAUUCCAGGUGUCUGGACACCAAUAGAUCAUUUAGCCAUUGUCUGGUGUAAACAACUAAGAUUGGUUCUUUCUAAACUCCUACUCGAAAUGGUAGACAGCACGGUUCCAAGUAAGACGAAACCUUUAAAAGAAAGAAUAGACAUCUCAAAAAAAUUCCUACUGUCUGGAUUUGAACAAUUUUACAAUAAUGAUAUAGCGGAAAAGUCCAGCGUGGUUUACCAUACAGGGGAAUCAACUAUUGGUACAAAUAACUUUAACAUGGUACCAAGCGAUAAACCAUUUAUAAUUACAAAGAAUACUGGUUUCGUGGAAAAUGGAAAACCGCACAUUAUUUAUAUUCCAAAGGAUCUCAACGCUAAAUUCGAUUUCACUCUAAUGACAAGUGGUAAAAAACCCACAAUAAAAUUAUGUAAAAACUCCAUGCAAAUAGAUUGCAUUUCAUUAAGCGAAGAUAUUUUAAAGAUUCCUCGGUCCACUUUCACAACCAGAUACCCAGCCGAUUCAUCCUUAGAAGAAGAUAAUAAUCCAUUCACAUAUUACCACCUAAAGCAUGACCAACUAACAAUGUAUGACUUCAUCUUACUUAAUAACAUCAACAAUGAGAACUUCAAUGACGAAGAUUUUGUUUACGCAUCCUUUAACAAGAUGUCUGAAACCGAGAAAAUAGAUAUCUCUCAACUACAUAUGUCAUUAUAUGGUACACAUAAAAUUGUUAAAUCUGAUGAAACAAUAAUUUUCAGUGAUUUAGAAUUUUUACAACAGUAUGAUGCACUACUUUCCUAUACUAUAAACAUCAAAUCUGACACAGAAAAGGAUGGUCCUUUGUUAUUCCAACCAAUGAUAAGACAAUGGAUAGCGACUCCAUCAGAAAGUAAAUGGUAUGUUAAUAUCAUAACUCAUAACAAUUUAGAAGUUAAUAUGCAUAACGUAGCACCUUUCAUUCCUGUUAAUAUAAGCGAACCACAUAGCCUCCAUUUAAACGUGUUAUUACCGCCAGGAACAUCAAUCAAGCUUGAAAUAUCAAUAAACUGGUUAUUGACGAUAAAAAUGUUAUUUAUAAGGUACAGGUUAACUAUUGGGUCACUGCCAAUUUUUUUUAUCGCGCUAGUACUAGCAAUGCAAUUCUAUUCUUUUAGUGAAACUGGAAAAUACGAGAGUUUCUCAUUUACUCUGUCCCAUAUCCUGGAUAAAUACUCGUUGGUUAUAUUUGUGGGCUCCCUAAUGCUAACCCCAAUUGCCAAUUCCAACGGGAUACAACAUAUUCUUUAUUACUUGGAUCCCGUGAAACUUAAUAGACCAUUUAUUUUAUCUUCAAAGAAUCUUUUUACAAAUUUAUAUUUCUUAGGUAUACGGAACUGGGCUCAGGCAUGGAUCGGAUUGUUGUUUGCGCUAAUGUCAUUGGGUUUCCUCUGGAUAAUUUCUAGUGCGAUUAAGAUGGUGAAAUAUUUUGUGAUACGGAUGACAGAUGCAAUGUACUCCUCUGGUAUGGAACAGGAUGACGAAUUUUUGAACCAUAAGAAACUAUUUGAUAGAAAAAGAAUGUUAACCUGCAUUUUAUUAAUUGUCGCCGUGAUUUUCUAUGUCCCAUAUCAGCUUAUAUAUAUUAUUGCGACUUUAAUACAGGCAGGUACAUGUGUUCGUAUCGUUUUUCACAAACGUAAAUUUAAUAGUAUACGAAACAGAGAGUAUAGUAAUUUAGAAAAUUACAACAUUUCACUUUUGAUUUUAUUUUUAAUCGUGGCAAUAAUCAACAUUCCAGUCAUAAUUGUUUUUAUUCAUAAUCUUGGUAUCAACUAUGAGACAACUUUUAGAUCGCACCAUAAUUUUAUUGCCGUUGCACCAACAAUACUACUGGUGUCAACUAACUCUACAUUCAACAUGCCAACGUUCCCUAAAAAGUCUUUCGACUGGUUUAUAGCAAUUAGUCUACUUGGGUACUUAUCAUUCUUCUCUGUCAUAUAUGGUACCAGAAACCUUUACUUCAUCCAUGAUAUUGUAAAUAUUGCAUGUGGCUGGUUAUUCUAUGGUUCUGUUACAGACUAUAUGAGAAGAAAAUAA